AUGUAGCUUCCUGUGUGCUAGCCAGGCAGAUCAGUCUGCCGCAUGCCGCUGCUGCCAUUAUACUGAGGAAUCCCUAGCCACUGUGUGUCGAGAGAGAGAGAGAGAGAGAGAGAGUGUGUGUGUGUGAGGGAGAGGGAGCUGCCAGACUGCUGUAGCUCGGGAACAGUGGAGGACAUCGAGAGGACAGAGCUGCUUUCAGCUUGGAUUAUAUUAUACCCCAGGAGCUGCACUGUUACAGUGGGGGGGCUGGUGUGUGGAGAGGGGGUACAGUGUGUUUUUAAGAGAACGAGGGCAGUUGGAACUACAGAGCCGUGUGUGUAUGUGAGCGGUACAAUGUGUGUGUCUGUAUAAGGGGGGUACGUUGUAUAUGUGUGUUAACGAUGCGGUCGGAGCGUGCGAGCCGUGUGUGUAUCGUGGUGCUGGAGGAGGAGGAGGAAGAUGAACAUAUCUCUCCUCCUCGUCCCUCUCCUCCUCACCCCUCUCCCCUCCUUCACCCCAAACCCUCUCCGGACCGCAAGUCCCAUCAUGCCGUAUGUCGCAGAGCUCAGGAAGACAAGCCCUCUCUGCUGAAAGCCAUCUUCAGUGUGGACCCUAAUGAAGUCCGCUCCCUCAUAUUCAAGAAGGAGGAUGUCAACGUACAGGACAGUGAGAAAAGGACCCCGCUCCACGCUGCAGCCUACCUAGGAGACACUGACAUCAUCGAACUCCUCAUCCUCUCAGGAGCCAGAGUAAAUGCUAAAGACAAUAAGUGGUUAACUCCUCUUCACCGAGCUGUUGCCUCCUGCAGCGAGGAUGCAGUGUGUAUGUUGAUAAAACACAGUGCUGAUGUGAACGCGCGGGAUAAGAACUGGCAGACUCCUCUCCAUGUUGCUGCCAACAACAAGGCUAUCCGCGUUGCCGAGGCACUCGUCCCAUUGCUUAGCAACGUCAAUGUGUCGGACCGGGGUGGACGUACCGCCCUGCACCAUGCUGCCUUCAGCGGACACCUGGAGAUGGUGAAGCUGCUUCUCUCCAGAGGAGCUAACAUCGACGCCUUUGAUAAGAAAGACAGGCGAGCCAUCCACUGGGCUGCCUACAUGGGUCAUAUGGAGGUGGUGAGGUUGUUGGUGUCGAGUGGAGCAGAGAUAGACUGUAAAGAUAAGAACUCUUAUACUCCUCUACAUGCUGCUGCCUCUAGUGGGAUGACUACCACUGUCCAAUACCUGCUGGGGCUGGGUGUACAGAUAAACCAGGGUAAUAUUUAUGGUAACUCUGCUCUCCAUAUGGCCAGUUAUAAUGGCCAGGAUGUGGUGGUCAACGAACUCAUAGAGGCUGGAGCCUCCAUCAACCAGGUGAAUGAGAGGGGUCUGUCUGCGCUGCACUUCUCAGCCUGUUCCCGCCAGGGGGCGCUGUGUCUGGAACUACUGCUUGGGAACGGAGCUAACGUCAACAUCAGGAGUAAGGAUGGAAAGACCCCUCUCCACAUGGCAGCGGUCCAUGGAAGGUUCUCUCGUUCUCAGGCUGUCAUUCAAAACGGUGCGGAGGUGGACUGUGAGGAUAAGAAUGGGAACUCUCCUCUUCACAUCGCUGCUCGCUACGGACACCAGUUACUGAUCAACACUCUGCUCACACACGGAGCCAACACCGCCAAGCGUGGCGUCCAUGGCAUGUUCCCCCUCCAUCUGGCAGCUCUCAGUGGCUUCUCUGACUGCUGCAGGAAACUGCUCUCCUCAGACUUCCACAUAGACACUCCUGACCACUUUGGAAGGACAUGUCUUCAUGCUGCAGCUGCAGGAGGGAACCUGGAGUGUUUGAAUCUGUUGUUGAAUACAGGAGCAGAUUUCAACAGAAAGGACAGGUUUGGAAGGACUCCUCUUCACUAUGCCUGUUGUAACAGUAAAUCUCAGUGUGUGUUUGCCCUCGUGGGGUCUGGUGCUGGAGUCAACGAGCUGGAUGAGAGGGGCUGUUCUCCUCUACACUAUGCUGCUGCUGGCACAGAGGGAAAGUGUGUAGAGUAUCUGUUGAGGAGCGAUGCCAACCCAGGGAUCAGAGACCGACAGGGCUACAACCCAGUCCACUAUGCAUCGGCAUACGGACACACACUUUGCCUUGAACUGAUAUCCAGGGAGACUCCUCUAGACGUGCUGAUGGAGACAUCAGGAACAGACAUCCUGAGUGACUCUGAUAACCACGCCCUCAUCAGCCCCCUUCACCUCGCGGCGUACCAUGGUCACUGUGGCGUGUUGGAGGUGUUGGCUGCCGGUCUGUUGGAGGUGGACAUUCGGACCCCUGAGGGCUGGACCCCGCUCUCCCUAGCCUGCUCCAGGGGCCACCAGGAGUGUGUGUCACUGUUACUGCACCAUGGAGCUCACACACACACCAAGGAUUACACACUGAAGAGGACAGCCUUACAUGCUGCAGCGAUGAACGGCCACUCUGACUGUCUCCGUCUCCUCAUCAACAACACAGACACACACAACUCUGUAGACGUACAAGAUGCCAACGGACAGACCCCUCUGAUGCUGGCGGUACUGAGCGGACACACAGAGAGUGUGUAUUCUCUACUGAGUAGAGGAGCUGAUGUAGAGGCUAAAGACCUCUGGGGCAGGACUGCACUACACCGCGGGGCGGUGUCGGGUCAUGAAGAGUGUGUGGAGGCGUUGUUGCAGCGCGGGGCGAGUGUGUGUGUAUGUGACCGGGCAGGGCGCUCUCCGCUACACCUGGCAGCAGCUUGCGGACACACCGGGGUGCUGGGAGCACUACUACAGGCUACUAAUGCUUUGCACACACACACACUUCUUACCGACAACCACGGAUACACACCUCUGCACUGGGCCUGCUACAAUGGUUAUGAUGGGUGUGUAGAGUUGUUGUUGGAACAGGACGUGUUCAAGAAGACACAGGGAAACAACUUCAGCCCUCUGCACUGUGCUGUUAUGAAUGACAACGAGGGAGUUGCUGAGAUGUUGAUCAACUCUCUGGGUUCUGCUAUAGUCAACACUACAGACACCAAGGGCAGGUCUCCCCUCCAUGCGGCAGCAUUCUCGGACCACGUGGAGUGUGUGUCGUUGUUGUUGAGUCACGGAGCUCAGGCGAACACCUCCGACACACACACACAGACCACGCCGCUGAUGAUGGCAGCUCACAACGGACAGACCAACGCUGUGGAGGUGUUGGUGAGGAGUGCUAAGGCAGACCUCACACUACAGGAUACUAACAAGAACACAGCUCUUCACCUGGCCUGUAGCAAGGGCCAUGAGACCAGUGCGUUGUUGAUACUAGAGAAGAUAUCAGACAGAAACUUUAUCAACUGCACCAACACUUCUCUACAGACGCCCCUCCAUGUAGCAGCGAGGAAUGGUCUGACCGUCGUAGUUCAGGAGCUGCUGGGGAAAGGAGCCAGUGUUCUAGCGGUGGAUGAGAACGGUUAUACUCCAGCCCUGUCCUGUGCACCUAACAGGGAUGUAGCCGACUGUCUUGCUCUCAUUCUUAACUCCAUGCUGCCCGCCUCUCCCCUGGUCUCCAUAGCAACGCGUCCUGCUUCCCCUCGUGUCACGAUGGCAACGCUACAAUCUGUCAAUCACUACUCCAAUCACCAAUCAAAAGGAGUAGCAUUUGAGUCCCCUCCCCCUCUAAGAACUGACCACACCUCCUACUGCAGGCAGGACCGCCUACUCUGCGUUUCCCCCGACGACGAUAAUGAGUUUAACGACUCUGAUUCUGAGACCUACUGAAGACACGCCUACCUUGAAUAUACCACCUCCUCUUUGGCAGGAUUUUAGGACUCUACUCUCUGAACCACUCACUCCACGACAUUCUGUCCUCUCGUCCCUUACCAAGAAGAGGUUUAAUACUAAAGUAAAAUGAGGACUGGCGUCUUCUGGACUGAGUGGCAAGGGUGGGUAGCUCCGGUCCUCUAGGAUUGGUCCUUGUUACCAAACAUCUGCCCUAUGACAAUGAAAGGGCUGGGGCUGUACGUAUGGAGAGAGCAGAGGGACAAUCCUAGCCAAACGGACCAACAGACUUUACAUCUCUAAUUUCUUCUGCAUCUCCAGAGCUCUUCCUUUAGGGGUUUUCUUCUAGCCUGGGUACCAGUCUGUUAUAGCCUGGGUACCAGUGUGUUUAGUGAAUAUUCCACUCCUUGUACUCUGUGUCAUAUGCCAAAGCUGUUUAGCAUGACAGGAGUGGAAUGAUAGCUAAACAGACUAGUACCCAGACUAGUUUUAUUCUAGUUAAGUUUAAUUUAUUAUAAUGGACAGAGACAGAACUUAUCAUUGUUCACCUAAUGCGGAGUCAAUACUGAAUCAAGUCACUGAAUCUCACAGAAGAGUUAUAAUACUAGUUACUACUGUCUGAUUCAUAGAGUUGAUUCCUCCAGGAGAGGAGUUAGUAGUGAGUUAGUAAGGCCUCAGUCACUAAGGUAUCGUCAGUCUUAACACUUCACACCCUGAAUGUUUCUACACUACCUGAGAAAGGAAACAUGAGUGAAAUGUUGCCUUUUCCAGGGGAGAGAAGUCAAGACAAAAUAUGGACUUAAUAUGGUGCAAUGUUCUCAAUAAUGACUGAUAACGAAUAAAACAAUGAUUGAUUAUUUUGAAA